AUGUGGACUGUGAAAGCACUUAGAACAAAUAGCCAUGGAAUAUUGUCACGUAAUUUGUUACCUUUGCAACGAAAAUCUCUGUCAACUGGCAAUGGAGAGCGAGUUAUGGCGAUUAGAAGAGAAGACAUAAAUGUAUGGGAGAGACGAGCACCCAUAGCACCUUCGCAUGUCGCAGAACUUGCACAUAAAGGAAUCAAGGUUCUUGUACAGCCUUCGACAAGACGAGCAUACACGAUGGAUGAAUACGAGCGAGCAGGAGCAGUCAUAACAGAAGAUUUAAGUCCAGCCUCGCUGAUUAUCGGCGUGAAAGCUGUCCCCAUUGAUCUGUUAAUUCCAGACAAGACUUAUGCUUUCUUCUCUCAUACAAUCAAGGCCCAAGAGGCGAAUAUGCCACUACUCGAUGCAAUGCUUGAAAAGGUAAGAAUAUUUUCGUUUUCUAAGCUGUAAUUGAAGUCUUAUAGGGAUUUAUCACAGUUUUGAUGAAAUCUAAUUGAGUUUGAUUCGAACAUGGCUCGACCAAGCGUAACUUUCGAUCGCCUACGUUUGUAACCCACGGAUCAAAUUCAUCAUGAUUUUAAUGGAGCUGUACACACACAGUCAUCGCAAAAUCAAUUUGAGAAAUUUGCUUUUCAAAUUUGUAAAUUAUUUGUCUUCUUAGAUCCAUCAAUUGUUUUACCAUCUUUGAAAGAGAGUCGUUUGUUGCUCUUCGCUUUCACGCCACGUGUAUAAUGAUUUUCACACCUCGCAGUUUUGUUGCGUUUUUGUUGAAAAUUUUCUCGAUUGUCUGGAUUAAUCCCUUCUUUCUGGCAGAACAUCCGAAUAGUUGAUUACGAAAAAAUGGUGGAUAGCAAAGGACAAAGAGUGUGUGCUUUUGGCAAGUUCGCCGGUGUCGGAGGUUUGUGUUUUGGUUGCCGACAGAGUAACAUGGGGGCGUGUUCGGGGGCUUGGUCAUAUUUCAAGGUGGCUACAGUAAGGCAGUGUGGACAAUCAAUAUCAAGUUGUUAAGUUUGGGGGAUUCAUUAUCUUGGAUUAUUCUAGAUGUGUUACAAUAUUAUAGAUGAAGCUGAUUUUUUGUCAAAAAUGUGUUGACACUGAAGUCAAUUCUAUUGUUCACUUACUAGUUUCUUGUGGGUUAAACUCUUAGAAGAUAAAUCUCCAAUGUCUUAUAGGGCUGAAGCAAGGAAGGGUACUUUUGAUUCUGUGUGAUGUAAACUCGACUGGCAAAAAGGAAUUUGCUCAUCAGAUACAUGGGUUUACUGAGAUGCUUUAGCAGAAAGCACAGUAUGAGCAUUUAAUAAAACAGCUCUUUAUUUUUUCUACCCAUAGGUAUGAUAAAUAUUCUUCAUGGUCUUGGGUUGAGGCUUCUUGCCCUUGGACAUCACACACCUUUCAUGGUAAGUAACAUAUUAAUGGAUUAACCAUAUUAAGCUUAAAUUGUUUUACAUAAUUAUGAUGCUCUCUCUCUCUUAAUUAUAGUCUGUAUAACAUUGUAAAUUCUACCACAAUUUAUACUUGCAUGGUGCUCAAAUGUGUGUCAUGCAAGUGAUGUGAAAGGCAGUCAAGUGGGACUUCAACCAACCUUCUGUUACAGUUACCAAGUUGUAGCUUUUAAAAUGUAAAGAAAAGGAAAAAAUUUUUAAAAAACUUUAAGACAAAAAGAAGAGUCAUAGAUUUAUUCUUUAAUCUCACGUCUAAGUGAAGGAAAUGACAUGGACCUAAGAGACUAUCAUUGGUGAGAUAAGCUCUUCAAAUGAUUAUAAUAUAGAUGUUGUGAGUAAUGUUGAGAAAACUCUAGAGCAAGUCUUCAGCAAAGAGGCAGCAUCACACCAUAAUAUGCAUAUAUAUGGUCUCAAGACAUUAGCUAAUUAACACCCUACAACUUCAAAUUGAUGAUAUCAAAAUUUCAUCUAAUUUUUUUCUCAGUAUUUAGGGGCAACUCAUAACUACAAGAACAGCAGGGCAGCAAAACUUGCCAUUUAUGAACUUGGUGAGGACAUAAAAGCUGGUAAAUUACCAGCUCACUUUGGACCUUUGUCAUUUGUGUUUACUGGCUCAGGAAAUGUGUCUCAGGUAUUCUGAACAAACUAUAUACUAUUUUAAAUCAAAAACGUAUUUCAAAUAUAUUUUUUAAAUCUGAUUUGAGUUUGAUUUUGAUUAAUGAACAAAUAAACAAAUGAAAGGACUCAACUCAUCAAGAGGCACAUCUCUCCAAUAAAAAAAAUCCAUCACUUGUAAAGUUGCAAUUCUUCAUCUGGGUUUUAUAGAAUUGAAAAAUCUCAGUUUUACAAUAUCUUUGAUUUGAUAUUCUGAGGUACUUUACCUUUUACUUGAAUUCACCGUUUAGUAACAAUGCAUACAUUUAAGAAUUUGUUCCUUCCAUGUAACUAGAUCACCUUUUCCCCCACCCUCAAAGUUUUAGUUUUGCCUGGGCUAUACUGUGGGACUUAUUCACCCUUCCUACAAUUUACUCUUUAUUUGUUGAUUAUCCACAGGGUGCUCAAGAAAUGUUUCAGGAACUUCCGCAUAUUUAUGUUGAGCCACAUGAGCUGAGAAAAGCUAUACAAAGCACAGGUGAGGUUACAGCAUUUUGGUGCAAUAGAAGUUGAGUAGGGAACCUUGGGGUUAUUAUAAGAGCUUAUGUUUACCCCUCUAAGAAUAAGCCACACCAUCCCGUUUGUGUGGUUGAAAGAAGCAAAAAUGACCACCAAUGUAAUGCAUACACUCUGACGUGGAAUAGAAAAUUAAUUUGAACAGUCUCCUGGCUGCUACUAAACAUAUUCCGAUGUAGUGGUGUUUUAAUGUGACCAUUAAUUGUAUUUUCCGCUAAUUUCAUGUAGCUGUUAGUAACAACUUAAAUAUUUUAGACCAUUGACCCAUUUUAACACCUUAACAUCAGUUUGCAUGUUCUCUAAACUUUUCACUAUAUGUUUUCCAUGGUACUUACAAAGAGAAUUUGCCUAAUCAUUUUUUCAAUAUCACUCUUGAGGGUGAAAGGGUUUAGAUAUUUCAGUCUUUUAAUAUCAAAUAAUUCACACCUUGUUAAUGUAUAUGCAUGUAAUAAUCAUUGUGAUCCACUGCCAGACCACAGGAAGUUGAUUGGAACAGUUGUAAGCCGUGAAGAUUACCUUGUACCCAAGGCUGGUGGAGUGUUUGAUGCAGAGGAAUAUGAUGCUCAUCCAGAUAGAUACAGAUCGACAUUUGCAGAAAAGGUUAUUUGUUUAAUAUCUAGUUGUGACUUAAAAUUGUUAGGAACAGAGAAGAACACAACAAACUCCCGUGUAAGGUCAACACUUUGCAGAUGAUUUUUCCAAAAACAAAUGAUCAACUUAAGUUGUAUUUUUUAACUACAGUUUCAAAAGUACAGUUAACUUGACUGUAUAUGCUGAGAAAUAUGAGCCCAGUGCUAUUGAAAAAUUAACAAAAAUAAUACAUAGAGGUAUUAAUUCAAAUACUAGGCUUUGGUCUUUACAGAAAGUAACAGUCUUGGGUCAGGGUAUUGAACCUACCUUUCAAAAUUAGUGAAUGAUCAGCCGAGGUUGCAUUUCUAAGAAUGUCCCUCACCUGAGUGAAAAAAUUAUGGCACCUUGCAGCUGGUCAGCAUCAGUGCCAUUCUUAACUUUUUUACAGGUUCAUUCAUUCUUUUCAUAUGUAGGUUGCUCCUUACAUGUCUGUCCUGGUGAAUGGAACCUACUGGGCCCCCAGUGUGCCACGCCUUCUGACCUACGAUGAUGCUAGAAAUAUUCUUAAGACAAUGCAGAGGUCAAGUGCAUAUGAUGGCUGUCCAAGUCUGCCACAUAGAUUGUUGGCAAUCUGUGAUAUCUCAGCUGACAAUGAAGUGAGCUUGUAAAUUAAUUUGGCAGGUUCUUAAUAUUAAAAUUUUGUUUUACUGUUUUCAUGUCUUUUAAUACACUGUUACCAUUCAGGGUUCCCUGGAAUUCAUGACAGAAUGUACAACAAUUGAGUAUCCAUUCCACUUGUACAACAUCAAGACAGGAAACUCACAGAUUGGGUAAAUGAUUCAAAUAAAUAUAAAGUAUAUAAAUCAUAAAUGAACAAUGACUUAAAAUAUGAGUAAUUAAUAAACAGAUAAAAUACUAACAGUUAUUAACAAACACUGCAUUUAAUAGUAUGUUUGAGGUAAAACCUAAUUUGUUCUUUGGCCAAAAAGUCUUGGGGCCAAAUUGCCUUUUACCAGAUUAACUAAUUAUGUGCAAUUUCCUCUUAUGCUGUAUCUCUGUAUAGAAUGGCUGGAGAUGGAGUUCUUAUUUGCUCAAUUGAUAAUCUUCCUGCUCAGUUGCCAAGAGAGGCCACUGAUUAUUUUGGUAAACUGCUGCUCCCAUGGCUACAAGAAAUGGUAACAUACUUCUCUUUAUUUUCUUUUCUGUGAUACUUUUGCCCCAUCAGUCAACUCAACAGAAUUCCUUUUUAAUGUAUGAAAAUAAAGAAGGGUUUUUUUGUUUUUCAGAUUGAUUCUAAUGCUACUGACUCCUUUGAAGAGCAGCAUCACUUGUCUGACACAGUUAGAAAUGUGAGUGUUUUAGUCUAAGUACCUUUUAACUGCCCUAGUCAAAUACAAUUGUAGGUUUAGUGGACUUAUUCUAUUUUGCAAAAUGAAACAAAUGAAACUAGGCGCGAUAUAACGAAACCAAAGGAAUAAUGCUGUUAUAUUUUAUAAUAAGGCAAAGAUAACUUUCACAAGGAUUUUUGAGUAAUCGUCAAUUGACAAGAGGGAUUUUUAUUUAUCACAUUACUAUUUUGCAAAAUUGACUAUUAUCACCUUGUGGUGACAACAUGACCUCUUUCAUGUCACAAAAAUACAUUUAAACAUCACAAAUUAGUAUAUCACCAUAGAGUUUGGCCUCCUCUUAUUUCUUACAUGGUAUUAAAAUAUAUACUUCACAAAAUAGUAAUUUUAGGAGAGAUACUAUUUUGUUAAAUGGACUGCUAGUUGAUUUUGCAAAAUACUAACUCUUCUUAAAUUUAUGCUUUGCAGAAUGAAAAUCCUUCUUGUUAAUUAACAAUUACUCCAAAAUCCUAGUGAAAGUUAUCUCUACCUUAUUACAAAAUUUGUCUGCAUUCUUCCUUCUAUUAGUUUUGUUAUAUAUUGCUUAGCUGGUUUUGUUUUUUUUUGCUAAGUAGUAUAAGCUGGACGGUGUGGUGAGGGAAGCUAAAACAUGGGUAGUUCACACUGCAGCUGUGGUUACUGGCAGCUUCCAUGCUUGUGGACAAAAAGCUUGGAUUUUCUUCAUGCCAACUGAAGCCAGUGGCCACCAGUUUUUCACAUUUUAAUAUUACUACAAAACCUAGCACUAUGCUAUUAAAAUUCAAUAUCUGACAUAUUUUUAGGAAGAAUUACAUGCUAUGAAAUGUAUGAGGAGACAAAAGCAGAGAAUUGAUGUUUGUUAGAAGUGAAAGAAUAUCAGUAAUCAAUGCUGUUUAAUAGCUAAGUAUUAAAAUUAUCUUUUCCACUGGCAUUCCCAGGCAAUCAUCACUUCUAAUGGAUUGCUAACAGAAAACUACAAAUACAUAGCAGGUUUAAGGAAAAGGUAAACCCUGAAAUUUAAUCUACUGCACAGUGAAAUUUUGGUUAACACACCUCAGAUGCUUUGGGUAUAUACCACUGGCAUUACGAUAAUAAUUUACAGCUGUUGCUGUUAAUUAAUUGAUAUUAUUCCUGACCAGUUGAAUAUAUUUGAUCACUUAAAAUGGAAACUUGAAAUCAGACUAGAAAUGGUUAGCUGUCCAGUACUUUGCCUAUAUUUUUUUAUCUCCAAGGUAACAAUAUGGUAAUGUUUGUUUAUAAAUGUUUCAUUAAUUCUAUUCCUUUGGUAAUUAUAGAAUUAACUAAAAUGUUUUAACAACCAUGCUGUAUGACACUAAGGAAUCUUCUUGACCAGUCUUACUGCAUCAUUUAUCUCAGCCAAGAAGAAGCAAAAGCCAGAGCAUUAGGACCAAAUGUUUCUGUGCCAAUCAAGCAGAGAGUAUUGUUGCUUGGCUCUGGGUUCACUGUGGCUCCAUGCAUUGAAUAUCUUACGAGAGAUAAAAGCCUUGCAGUCACAGUUGGUGAGUUCUUCUGUGAUUGUCACAACACUGCACUGUAAUAGUGAUAUUGCUUAGUGAAAAGUAAUUUUUUUUCAGCCACUGUUUUAUUUCCUAUUGCUUAUUCCAGAUUUAUAUAACAUCUAUAUACCAAACCCAAAAGAUUUUUCAGUUGAUGUUCUCCCUUACAUGCACUUCCCUCUAGAAAUUUCAUUCAACAUACAUUUAAAUUCUCAUUUUCACCCCUUAUACUCCCUUUGCCCCUCAUGCAACUGUACUUCCUUUGCUCCACCCCUCCCAUUGACAUUCUCAGUGGGUAGUAAUACCAGAAAUAGCUCUUUCUGUCUUUUCUAAACUUUUAAACUCAUAAUCAGUAGAUGUAAUCAUUAAUUUUUUUUCUUGCUACCUAUUUAAGUUUCCUUGGGUUCUUCAGGAUGACAAUAAAGAUGACAAUGAACAAUUAGAUUUAAAGAUACUUAUUUGAUGGAAAAAGACAGGGUCAGGAUAUUUAUCAUUGUAUAAACUAAGGGAGAAACUUAUGAAAAUCCUCAAAUGAUCUCACUGGCCAAAAGCUAUGCAUUCUAUUUUAUCACUCAAGCAUUUAAUUUAAUUUUUUCCCUCACGUAGUUCUUAUAUAUAUAUGUUACAAUCUUUAGCAUCAGACAAAAUAAGUGAAGCAGAAGCAGUAGCAGCUAUGUACAGAAACACCACUCCAACACUCCUUGAUGUCACACAAUCAGAGGAAAAGUUAAACAAAUUGAUCCAGCAACAUGAUGUUGUGAUCAGGUGAGGAUAUGGCUAUGUUGAAUUUUCCGUUGAAUGAGGGGAAUUCCUUUGUUAGCAUCUCACAGGCAUUUGCCAGGUCACCAUUCAUCACUUUUUUUUUCACAAAGCAGAGAAUUACUGGCACCCAAGGACCAACCCUAUAAGUUCAAUAAAUUAAUUUAGCUCUCUUAAUAAAUAUCCAUUCAUUCCCAGACCCCAGCAGGUAUUGACCUGUAAAGGGGAAUGUGACAGUAGUAAUUAACCUUUACAUGUCCAGUUUUGAUAGAACUUGGCAUCUCCUAACUAUCCUUUCACACUGAAUUUAUUACUUUUUAUUCAGAUUUCACUUUCUUCAUUUCUUUUUUCAUUAUAGAGUGCUUGAAAUAUUUUGACAUGUACUUUAAUUAAUAUGUGACUUUAUCUUUAAUAUUUAAUUGACUGUAUUGUAUCCUUUUAAUUUCAGUUUGCUUCCCUACUCUCUACAUCAUGUUGUAGCCAAGAGUUGCAUCACACACAAAACGAAUCUAUUAACUGCCAGCUAUGUACUGCCACCAAUUGCAGAGCUACAUCAAAGGUAUUAGAGAUAUCUGUAAACAAAAUUUUAUCAAUUACUAUAGGAUCAUAAUAUCUUUAUAAUUAGAAAGAACUUGCUCGCAGUUUGUUUAAUUAUUUUAUAUUUCAUAACAUCAGUCGGUGGAUAAGAACUUUUUCUUUAAGAUUGUUGGCUAAGGCUCGUGUUGCUCAAGCCUGCUUACUCUUACAGCAUGUCUGCCAAUUCAUUUGGAUCUAAUGACAUGGAAACAUUUUUUUUUUCGCGUUGAGAAUUGCCUUAUAAAUGUAUUACCAGAUAUCAAGUAGCGGUAUUCACAAGCGGUGAUCUGAGCAUGCUCUUUCACACUCGUCUUCAUAAUUUAUUCUCUUUUGUUGGCCUUUUUCAGCGCAGUAGAUGCUGGUAUAGCUAUCGUGAACGAGUUGGGUCUGGACCCUGGUAUCGAUCACUUGUUAGCUAUGGAAUGCUUUGAUGAUUCUAAAGCUGAGGGAGCUGUGGUCAGUAAUAAACCAAGCUAAAAAUAUCAAUCCCAUUACUUAUCACUAGAUUAGUUCUUUGAUGUACACGUGUAAGAAUCUUGACGAGUUCUGGAGAUUGAUGAAUAUCGCAUGCUUGCCUUCUUGCCAUUAUGAAGGUAAAACGAGAGAAGCAGAGAAGCGAAAGGAGAAUUGCUCCUCCCCAAGGUGGGAUGCUAAUCCAUUGUGGGUUACCCCCUUCCCCCUUCGAGCAUUUGUCAGGCUUCCUUGGUUGUCCGCUGUCAUUCAUUUGUACUCCUGUCUUCCCAAGAACGUAAAACAACGACCUAACCGACCUCACCCGACUUCUUGACUAGAAUUUUAGUGUGUUGACCAUUUGGCUAUCGCAUGUUCAACUAUGGCAAGGUGUCGCCAAUAUUCUUUUCUGUAAGCAGAGCAAAAACAUAUUUAGUACGACGAUUUCACGAACAACCCUUUGUCUUGUCCUAUAUACAGAUCAAGUAUUACCGCUCAUUCUGUGGUGGCCUUCCAGCACCAGAACAUGCUGACAAUCCACUUAGAUACAAGUUCAGGUAAAUUAUUACAUUGUCUAUCCAGAAAUGCUUGAUUAAGUUUUCACUUUUGCGAUACAUACUUUAGAAUCAGCCUUUACAACCAGGAUUUGCACCCCUUGACCUUCCAAUAAACGGUCGGAGCUAUAAAUAAUUCUUCCGAGAUAUUGAGGUCCGUAUGUGUCCUGCGUCAUUCAUACAACAUAUGCCCGUACUGUCGUGUGUCUUGAAAGAGUAAGGAAGGUACCGUCAGAUUCUUAGUUCGGCCGUCGAGUAAAGAACGGUGUAAAAUUCAUUUUUCCUGACAGUCGCAUACAGUGCGUUUGUUGUUCGUAGAAAUUAUCCUCCACCAUUGGGAGAAAAAGUUUUGUUUACGCGAGGUUUUACUCGACAAACGUUCUACCACAAUGUGUGCAAUUUGAUGAGCCACGCUACUCGCUACUUUUUCCCUGAUGGGUGGUGCGAAAAGUGACUAGGCUAACAUUGUGCAAUAGCUACCAAAAUACGAUAAUAACAUUAGCUUAUCUUUUUAUUAAGUUUUAAACGACUGCGUGACAGCUGAUUCGGGCUCUGCCCUCAUCAGCUAUCACUUAAUAGAAAUCUUGAGCUCACAAUCUAACUGUUAACAUUGCUUCUGAUAGAACACAACUCAUUUUGCGUCGUGAAAAAGUUCCUUGCAACAGAUUUGGUCAACGAUCUUUAAGAAGACAUAAAACUCCUAGUAAAAAUGCAGUAGAAUGAAGUAGUUUUACAGGUAGUCUUACAUUAGUGGUUGCAAUUCUUUUAAUUUAGUUGGAGUCCACGAGCUGGUCUGCUGAGUGUAAUGAAUAGUGCUAAAUAUCUGUGGUAUGGAAAGGUAAUACUGAUUUUAAUGUUUUCAAUUUAAUAAGCUCUUAUCCCGAUCGGCAAGUUUGUGUCGUUACACCGCAUUUAGGCAGGCAAGUUUCCUUGGAAAAUGUAUUCUAGAAGAGAUUUUUUCGUUUGUUUUCCGAUCGUUAUAAGUUACUCGUUACAACGAACUCAGAUUCGGGCAACGGUCGACAGAAUCCGAAGGACAAUGUAAAAAGUAAGUACCUAUGACGACAGUUGUGUCGAAGAGAGCAAAAGUUCAUGGAGCACGCGCUGGCUAGUCUGUGAUCAGGCCCUCAUAAUUAGCGCUUCGGGACGAGCGUUUCUUUGCCCGCGGGAAAGUACGACGCCUUGAACAACGUGAGCCGACAUUGUUAGUACCAGACCCCCGCAAACCUCUCCCUGACUCGUGUUAAAUCUUCCCGUGGUUGGAGAAACGCGCGUCUAGUAGAGCUAACACUAAUUAAUUAUUGAAUGAAUAAAUAAUGACAGAUUGCAUUGCAAUAACUUUUUCGAAGUAAUGACGAUUAAAAGUCGCAGUGCUGGAAGAAUUUGUUUUCCUCUUAUAUACUUUGUUGUUUUAUUUGUGUUUAAGUGUGUUGAAGUUCAAGCAGGAGGGGCUCUUAUAGAAGAAAUAAAACCAACAGACAUAUUUCCUGGCUACAGACUGGAGUGUUAUCCAAACAGAGACUCAACUAAAUAUGGAAAACUGUAUGACAUUACCACAGCCAACACAAUACUCAGAGGAACACUGCGCUAUGAGGUACAGAAUAAUGCUGGUAUAGUAUGACGAUAGUCUAAGGGCGAACGCUGAUUGGUCAACGGGUGUAGACAGAUUUUAGCAGAAGUUCGGCAUAUGUUAUUGAUAUUCGCUGGUUUGAUUGUCUCAGUCGUCGUAGGCAGCUGAGAUAUUUCAAGUAAGCGAUAUACUGAUUUGUCACGAAUGAUACGAGCCUUCGUUUUGUUAGCUUUGCCCGACAGACGGAGCCCAUGCCGGUUGAAACAGCUGUGUAUGCCUGCUAACUUGGAGGCUCGCUUUUUCGUCAUUUCUAUUCUUUUUGAGAGGAUUGUGGGAAGGAAUAGGAGUUUUGUUGGAGGAUUUUUGAAGGCCCAGUUUCACUACCAGUGUCGCCUCGGAGCGCAUUGUGUGAGCGUAAAUACCACUUUUUAACUUUAUCAUCAUUUUGUCGUCACAACUAUACCACACAAGGGUAAAGUAGUGUUAUGAUGGGUGUGGUAUGUUUCGAAUAUGUUGAAGCCAAAUUGCAGAAUUUCCAUCUAAGUGAUAACUAGACAGAGGAGACGCGAGGUUAAACGUUUUUUGUAUGGCUUCUGUUCUCAGACAAAUGCAAAUCGAAUUCAACAACACUUCCCUGAGAUGAUUUCUGCGAUCUGUUCUUUUUUCAUAGGGAUAUUCCACCGCUUGUUUAGCUUUAUAUCAGCUUGGAAUGUACAGUACGAUAGAGCGGACAGACCUUGCUCUGGCUCAUGAACUACCCUGGGUAAGAAAUUAGAUUUUGUUUGGAUAUUUUACCCCUAGCUUUCACAUGUCAGUGUAAUAGUUUGCAAUAAAUUGAGGUUAAUGUUUUGAGGACAAAUAUUUACCCAAAAGACUGGCCUUAGUGUCUAAGUAGUUAAAAAAAAGACAGACGUCUUGUGGCAAUUUCCUCGCCUCGUUUUUAUUGUACUUGCUUCGUAACACUUGGAAUGUUUAUCGACGUAUUCACUUUCAUAGUCUUAAUUUGUUCCAGUCAUCUAUUAAAAAAGGAGAAUCGUAUGCUACUGUAGAUGAUCAGUGGGACAAUGACCCUGACCUCGACAUUCUGUAAGAGAAGACAGACCCCGACAAAGUGGCACACGUUGUCUUUUAGAUACCAGUUGGGCGCCACCUUUGUUGAACUACGAAGCCUCAGGUUGGAAGUGAGGCAAACAUAGUAGCCUUAAUAGAUUCCUUUUUGAAGUGUAUAUAAUAACCAACUCCUUACUAUUCGUGUGGUUUGUUACAUCUACAGAAACAAGUCCUGGCCAAACUUGUGGGUAAACCAGACGCAAGUGACUCUGAGCUUUAUUCUGUUGUCUUCGAAAAAGUUGGCAAGGAUCCUGCUCGUAUGCAGGCGAUCAAAGAGUAAGUGCACAUUUUUAGUGUAGUGCUUUUUAAAGACGCCCUUCUGUUUCGUCUGCGGGAGUCUAAGGAUAAUCUGGUUUUUCGUGGCGUGGAAAUUUUCUCUGUUAUUUCACAUUGCGCUUGGAUAGCCAACCUUUCUUUCAAUCUUCGUAAUAAAAGGCGAAGCAGAGCCACUUAAAUUCGCAAAUUUGAUAGGCAAAUGACACCUUCAUACAGAGACCACGCAGAUAGGCAAUAAGUACAAAGUUAUUCAUUCAUUGAGUUAGAUUGUCUUCACUAGUUAAUUAGUUCAUAGGUUAGAUAGAAAACAUAUAUAUGAAAUUCUCCCAAAUUGCUUCCCUUUUUUCGUAAUUGAGAAUAUGAUGUUAUCCUUGCAUUAUCUUAACAUGUCAAACUUGUAUUAAUCGUUUGAUGUUGGUGCUGUUGCUAGUCUUGGUCUUCUGUCUGAGGAACCUAUUCUUCAACAAAAGUCACCAUUGGACACCCUCUGUUUGUACUUAACAGAUAAACUGGCUUAUAGUGAGUUUUCCCAGUUUACUAUUUUCUCAUCCAGUUUAUGAUUUAUGAUUCGUUUUGUUACUAAGUGAAAUUAAGAUUUAUAUUUAAAAAAGAAAAACGAAUUUUUUUACAGAAGAGGGAGAGAGAGACACGGUGUUACUUCAACAUGACAUAGGUGUGGAACUGCCGGAUAAAACACAGGUAUGGCAAUGACUUCUAGAUUUACCACGUCGUCUUUAUUUUGGUUCCUUGUAAAAGUAGUUAAAAAUAAUUGGAGGGAGUGAGACGGCAAUCCUGAGAGCAAGAUGAGACGCAGGUUCUUCUACGUCUUGUCUGCGUGUGCAGCCAGUCAUAGAGCAGAAGUGUUUUUUUUAACUCCAAACUUAUUUUGAUCAUGCGUUUGAUUAUGACCGAUUAUCAAUGGAUCUUCUCAUCAUCGACAGCAAAACCGUCGAAUUGACAUGAUUUGUUAUGGUGAUCCGAAUGGUCACUCAGCCAUGGCGCGAACUGUUGGGCUUCCUGUGGCGAUCGCUACAAAGAUGGUGUUGGACGGUGAGUGACUUAAUUUUCCCAGUGGCAGCAGAGAGCUCUAGGAGUGAAUAAAAGAAUGAGUAAAUAUAAACUUAUAAAACUGACAAUUAACAUACAGAAGUGCCAUUAGCCACGCGAGUACUUUAAGAGCUACUCAGGUCAGUAAAUCAAAUAUAAGUUAUAAAAGCAAUAAAUAUGAUCCAAAACCCUCAAAUUCUUGGGGGCAAAUCAGUUGGAUAUUUGCAGGCUCGGUAGAGAAGUUGAACUUGGGGCCUGUGAGAACAAAUCCAGUUUGAAGCCUUCCCUCCCCUUCUACAUACCCAUUCACUACCUUCAAAUGACCACCCUUUUGCCGUUGGAAGUAAGAGUUGAGGCGUAACUGAACUAUCCUACUCUUAACGAUUUUACUCUGUACAAAAAUGAUUCUUAAAUCAUUUUUCGUAAAUUUUCUUAGAUUUGCGAUAUCUUUCUGUGUUUCCUUUCAGGGGACUUAAAAGCCACUGGCGUUGUUCUUCCUCUCAGCCGGGAAAUUUACAAACCACUACUUAAACGACUCAAAGCAGAGGGAAUUCAUAGCGAAAUGACCACAACAGUAUUGUAAGAUGAUAUAUUAUCACCAGACAUCUUAAUUGAUUUGUUUAUCGGCCUCGGGAAAGCCUGGGUUCUCAAACAUUUUUUUUGUCUUGGUUUUGUUACGAGCUUUCAGUUUUUGUUGUAGUAUUGCACAUAAUACAAGGUGUUGGGUCUUCUAACCCUAUAUGGUGGAUCUACGCAUUUAUUUCAGAAUUUUUUUCUUCGUAAGAUAAACAAAUACUCGACAAACUUCGGACGGAAAUUUUCGCCUGAGGAGAUUCUAUUUCAAGGAGAGUAAAUUCUUUGGGACUGAAUUUUUGCUGAAAAUGCUGGAUAUUUAUGUCACGAGGUCUAAUAGUACACUGUGUAUGGCAAACUUAAAUUGUGCAAUAUACAUAUCAUUAGAGUGGAGACUUAAAUUGCUCGGCGAAGGAAAGUUACUUGAAGCCAAUCAUUUUUCUGAAAGUAAAUGGGGAAAAUGGUUUAUGUUAUUUACAAGCAUUUCUUUUUUUGAAAAUGCCAUUCUGAGGAAUUUUUGUUUAUUUUAAGGACGUUAAAUUAUUCAUUACCCAUAUUUAUUCUGUUGAAGUGCAAUUGCAUCUUAUAUAUUUCUGGUGUAUUUUAUUUACUGAUACUUUCUGGCGUGUAGUUUUUAAACCUUUUUGAGCAUAAAAUGUUGACAAAGGACUUGUAAAUGUAUUUUCUAAACCUAAGAGAAGUAGUUAGAUAAAAACUUAACACAUGUUGAACUGAUUGAGUUACUCUAAAGUUGUGAAAACUUUUCUACGACAAAAACAAUACAAUUUGAUGCAGAAGAGAAGAAUAUUAGUGCAGUGUUUAAAAUUCCUACUUUUAUUACAUGAACAUUUAAAAAUUUACAUUUUAGAUGUAUUCUGAAACACACGUCUUAAAAGUAAUAUAAGUGCUGUACUCAUCUAACUGAAAUAUUUGUAUUGUGUUGCCUCUGAACGCCCACGUGUGCAGGACACAAUGAAUUUGGUG